AAAAUAUCCAAAAGCGCCCAUCCAAUCUCCUGUCUCCCGUAAUUCAAAUAUCUCACUGCAAGUGGUGGCCAUAGCCAAAUCCCUCUCUAGUCUUCUGUUUUCGUCUCUCUCUAUCCCUCUCCGGUAUGUUCUUUACCUUUUGCUCUAUUUUACAGUAUUUUGCUCUCACACGAGCAUCUUUACGAACACCAAAGACGCGCAUGGAGAUUUUUCAUUGACGUCUCAAAGUGUCUCUUUUAUGCUGAAUUUUGGGUACGUAAAAAGUAAAGUUCAUUGUAAAUGGUGUUAAUAGUCUGCUCUUCAAGUAUGUACUGUAGUAGUGUUAGUUACACUUGUGCUUUUACGGAGUCUAGAGUUUCUGCUUUGAAUUUUAGUAAUAGUAAAGGAAGAAUCUUCGGAAAUGUAAAGGUUUGGGCAUGUGGGUACUUGGUGAAACAGAAGAAAUUGAGGAGAAAACGAGUCGGUUUAUCUGGGUUUGUGAUGAAAAUCCCGGAUGAAGGAGAGAGAACAGUUUUAGUGAGGUCUGCUGAGGAAGUUGCCAGAGUUCUUAAGUCCAUUCUGGACCCGAAUUGUGCUUUUUCGUAUUUCAUGUCGGUUGCUCGCUUGCCGAAGGUUGUUCACACAACCGACACGUGCAAUUACAUGCUCGAGCUCUUGAGGACUAAUGGGAGGGUGGAGGAUAUGGCUGUUGUGUUUGAUUUCAUGCAAAAGCAACUCAUUAACAGGAAUUUGAACACUUAUCUUACCAUUUUCAAAGGUCUUUACAUCAGGGUUGGGAUUAGACAAGCGCCGAUUGCGCUUGAAAAGAUGAGUAGGGCCGGGUUCGUGCUGAAUGCGUACUCUUAUAAUGGAUUGAUAUACUUGAUUCUUCAGACAGGGUCUUUUAGAGAGGCUUUGGUGGUUUAUAAGAGAAUGGUCUCAGAAGGAUUCAAGCCUAGCCUUAAGACUUACUCCGCACUUAUGGUGGCUUUUGGAAAGAGAAGGGAUACUGAGACUGUAAUGGGGUUGUUGCAGGAGAUGGAAGACUUGGGGUUGAGGCCGAAUAUCUAUACGUUUACUAUAUGCAUUAGAGUGCUUGGGAGGGCUGGGAAAAUCGAUGAGGCUUAUGGUAUAUUGAAGAGAAUGGAUGAUGAGGGAUGUGGGCCAGAUGUUAUUACCUAUACGGUGCUCAUUGAUGCUCUUUGUAAUGCUGGCAAACUUGAUAAUGCGAGGGCAUUGUUUGUAAAGAUGAAAGCUAGUAGCCACAAACCCGAUCAAGUAACUUACAUUACUUUGUUGGACAAGUUAAGUGAUUGUGGAGACUUGGAGGGUGUGAAAGAAAUUUGGGCUGAGAUGGAAGCUGAUGGUUAUGCUCCUGAUGUGGUUACCUUCACCAUUCUUAUUGAUGCUUUGUGUAAAGCAGGGAAUUUUGAGAAAGCAUUUGAUACUUUGAAUAUCAUGAAGGAGAAAGGGGUUUCGCCGAAUCUUCAUUCCUACAACACGUUGAUUUGUGGACUGCUAAGGGCAAGUAGAUUGGAUGAGGCCCUAAAACUUUUCCGUAAUAUGGAAGCUUUGGGUGUCAUGCCUACUGCUUAUACAUAUAUCCUUUUCAUUGACUACUAUGGAAAGUCGGGUGAUUCUUCUAAGGCUAUUGAGACCUUUGAGAAGAUGAAAAGAAGAGGCAUUGUUCCUAACAUUGUAGCUUGCAAUGCUUCUUUAUAUUCUCUUACUGAAAUGGGCAGACUUCAGGAAGCAAAAGAAAUUUUUGAUGGGAUCAAAAGUAAUGGGCUUGCUCCUGAUUCGGUAACUUAUAACUUGAUGAUGCGAUGCUAUAGUAAGGUUGGGCGAGUAGAUGAAGCGAUCAAGUUACUCUCUGAGAUGGUGAAACAAGGGUGUGAACCUGAUGCGAUAAUAGUGAAUACUUUGAUUGACAUGCUUUACAAGGCUGAACGAGUAGAUGAAGCAUGGCAAAUGUUUUAUGGAAUGAAGGGCAUGAAGCUCACACCAACAGUUGUAACCUUCAACACAUUGCUAGCUAGCUUAAGGAAAGAGGGUCAAGUCCGAAAAGCGAUUGAAGUAUUUGAGAGUAUGGAAGAUUACGGUUGUCCUCCAAACACGGUAACCUUCAAUACAAUCCUAGAUUGCCUCUGCAAGAAUGACGAGGUUGGGUUGGCCCUGGAAUUGCUUUGUAAAAUGUCAACAAUGAAUUGCAGUCCUGAUGUUUUCACCUACAACACUAUCAUCUAUGGCUUAAUCAGGGAAAACAGAGUUAACUAUGCAUUCUGGUUUUUCCACCAGAUGAAGAAAUCUCUAUUUCCUGAUCGCGUAACCUUGUUCACUCUCAUUCCAGGUGUAGUGAAGGAUGGGCGGAUUGAGGACGCAUUCAGGAUUGUAAAGAGCUUUGCGUAUCAGGCUGGGGUUCACAUAAAUGGACCCUUUUGGGAAGAUUUGAUGGGAGGAAUUCUGGUUAAAGCCGAGGCAGAUAGAGCAAUUUCAUUUGCUGAAAAACUGGUAUCCGAUAAAAUUUGCCUGGAUGACUCAAUAUUGCUACCUCUAAUAAGGGCGUUGUGUAAGGGAAAGAAAACUGUUGAUGCAAAUCAUUUGUUUGCAAAAUUUACCAGGACCUUUGGAAUAAAGCCUACACUGGAAACUUACAACUGCUUAAUUGAAGGGCUUCUUAGAGUUCAUGCCAAUGAAAAGGCUUGGGAUCUUUUCAAUGAAAUGAAGAGAGUUGGUUGUGCCCCUGAUGAUUUCACAUACAAUUUGUUACUUGCUGCUCAUUGUAAGUUUGGGGAAAUCACCGAACUCUUUGGAUUAUAUGAAGAGAUGAUUAGUAGAGGAUGCAAGCCCAACACGAUAACUUACAAUAUAGUCAUUUCAAGUCUUGUGAAAUCUGAUAACGUAGAUAAGGCUAUUGACUUCUACUAUGAUCUUGUGAGUGGUGAUUUCUCUCCCUCUCCUUGUACAUAUGGCCCUCUCAUUGAUGGACUUUUGAAAUCAAGAAGACAAGAAGAGGCGAUGCGGUUCUUCGAGGAGAUGGGGGACUAUGGGUGCAAGCCUAACUGUGCAAUCUUCAAUAUUCUUAUAAAUGGAUUUGGCAAAGCAGGAGAUGUGGAAACUGCUUGUAUGUUGUUCAAAAGAAUGGUUAAAGAAGGAAUAAGGCCAGACUUGAAGUCUUACACAAUUCUCGUGGACUGCCUUUGCCUAGCUGGGAGGAUUGACGAUGCUCUGCACUACUUUGAAGAACUAAAGCUGAGUGGUCUUAACCCUGAUUCAGUUUCUUAUAACUUGAUGAUUAAUGCGCUAGGAAGAUCAAGGAGGGUAGAAGAAGCUUUAUCUCUUUACGACGAAAUGCGGAGCAGAAGAAUUACUCCAGAUCUUUACACGUACAACUCAUUGAUACUCAAUCUCGGGAUCGCUGGAAUGGUGGAGCAAGCAGGUAGUAUGUAUGAAGAACUACAGCUGAGGGGACUUGAGCCUGAUGUUUUCACCUACAACGCGCUGAUUCGAGCGUACAGCGCGUCAGGGAAUCCGGACCAUGCCUAUGCAGUCUACAAGAAGAUGAUGAUUGGUGGCUGCAGCCCCAACGUCAGUACAUUUGCCCAGCUUCCUAAUGAAACUUGACUCAUAUUGGAAUUUCUCAUGAAGCAACAUACAUACUUGUUCUUUAACUGUGCUUUAAGGCCCAGUUGACAGUUUUCGGUACUUUCAUGUUGUACAAGAUUCAGUAUUGCACUGAUGAUUUUGUUCAUUUGUGCCCCGGAUGUGUACAAGGUUGUUCGGAAGGUUUGUUGGGGAGUCGCAUAUAGUGUUACCAAUUCUCCCAAAUUUGCUUUUUUGUAAGUAUUAAUUAAGGUGUAUUCGAAGUGUUUCCAAAUUGUUGUCCAUGGGAACUGUAGUGUAUGUAUAUUCUGGUCUUGUAUACCUUGUUAUUAUGUUCCCUGGAUCAUACUGUGAAUACUAAACUAAUCUUAUCUCUAUCGUUGUUGU